AAACCUGCUCUCUUCUACGUACGUACGUACGCAUUGUCUCUCUACCACAGUCGCACAGACAAGUACCGUCUCAUUCUGCGGUUGGCCUGGGCCACAACCGGACUUUACAUGCCCCGCAACAAGUCCAACCCCUCUCGCGUUUUGGCCUCGGAAGUGCUACCACGCUGUCUCUCCGUCCGCGUUGCUCGUCGCAACGUCACUCUGCCCGAUCCCAUCUUUCAUGGGGGCCAGGCGCAGAAGCUGGGUCAUCGUCUCCGCUUCGCAAUAGACAUCACUGACAAGAUUCCCGCCCGAUCGAACUCAUCGGUCCGCGACCGCAGUGUUGACAUAGAUCUAACUUGGUUGCACGCGCCCCUGGAGGACCACGCUCUACCACUGCUUGAAAUGGUCGGCUCCGGAUCCUGUACUCCCAUUCUCAAUCAUUUGCUCAACCUCCCUCUUGUUCAAGUCACCCUGGACCGUGUCCAGCCCAUACCGGAGUUUGUCCGAAUGUUUUCGUCGGCGAAAAUGGUGAAGUCCAAACUGACUUCCGAGGAUGACUUACAGUGUGACGAAUGGAUUCCUGUCUCCCUACUCUGCCCCCUCACUCUUACACGGAUCGACGUGAGUUUAGAUGUUUUCGCCAUUAAGGCCCUGCCAUGUGAUCCGUUUACCAUGGACUGUUUUCUUGAGAGAUCCUUCUUCGUAAGACUGCUGGCUGACCAGAGUCUCAAAGAGGCUGAAAUGGUCCACGUGGAUGCCAAUGGGCACUGGCGAGAGGCUUCUAAGCCCACUGAGAGUUGUUCACCCGCUGCCGUAUCUGCAAUGGAGUCAGCUGCAGAUAUUCGACCCGACAAUCCGCCACCCGUGGCUGUUCCUUCCCUGGUAAACGGAACCUCUACGAUGUCACCUUGCAAGCUGGAAUCCAAUUUUGCGUCCAGACCGGUGGUGACACCGCCGCCAGCACCCGAUUUCUCUCAGUUCGAUGAUGAUUGUGUUGUUCUCAUUGAUACUGACGAUGAGGAGGACGACCAGGCGAGCCUCGUCAGAAAUGCUUCGCAAUCUGCAUCUGCUCCUACUGCUGCUGCUGCUUCGGCUGAUACGGUCGCAGUCAGCACCACCACUGGCGCCUCCUCAUCCUCCUCUACCUCACAGCCAACCCUAGCCCCCAGCCAGCUUAAUAAGGCUAUUGAUUUAAAUUACGAACUGAUUACGCAUCUUACAUCUUCCAUGGCCGCUUCGACUGCUGCUGCUGCCGCCGCCACCUCUCCUGGAGCUUCCACAAAUGGUCAGUAG